AUGCAAGUAAAUUCAGAUAACACUCCUGCACUAAAAUUCGAGACUAAACAAGGUGAAGAAGGUUUUUGCAAGUUUUUUCACGGUCUUCCAGAGAAACCUGCAAAUACUAUUCGUAUAUUUGAACGAAAUUCUGGAGAAUAUUACAGUGUCCAUGGUGAAGACACAUUAUAUGUUGCUAAGAAUGUUUUUAAAACAUCAACUGGCAUUAAGUACUUGGGUGGAAAUAUUCAAGAACUUGAAGAUUUAUUAUUUUCAAAUACCGAAGUUUCUUCUUCUCCUGUAAUACUUUGUGCUAGACUAAUUAUUAAAGAUAACCAAAAAAUUGUUGGAUUAGCUUAUGCUGAUUCAACACGUAGAGAAUUAGGUGUAUCUGAAUUUACUGUUUUAAUUCAACUUGGAGUGAAAGAAUGUAUCAUUACUACAGAUGAUAAAGACCAUGAAAUUUUAAAAUUAAAAGAACAAGAUUUGAAUCGCUUAUUGGGAAAAGCAAUUUCUGUAACUUCUUUACCCGAAUUCAAAUUGGAGAAUGCAAUGUCUGCUUGUGCUUGUAUUAUAAAUUAUUUAUCGCUUUUGUCAGAUCAAAGUAAUUUUGGGAAUUAUUCUCUUCGACUUCACGAUAUAUCUAAAUUUAUGAGAUUAGAUGCUUCUGCAAUCAGUGCUUUGAACUUAUUCUCUACCAAACAAGAUGGCACAAAUGCAAUCUCUAGUUUAUAUGGACUUUUAAAUAAAUGUGUGACUUCACAAGGUUCAAGAUUAUUGUGUAGAUGGUUGAAACAACCAUUAAUGAAUAAGAACGAGAUUGAACAAAGACACGAUUUGGUUGAGAUUUUUGUAACAAAUAUAGAAACUCUGGAAGAUUUAAAGAACACUCCUGAUCUUCAUCGAUUAACAAAAAGAUUUCGUAAACAAAACUCUAAUUUACAAGAUGUAUUAUGUGUUUAUAAUGUUGUUCAAAAAUUGCCAGAAUUGAUUACAGCUUUAGAAUCACUUUACCUAACAGAUGACAAACUCAAAAAUCUUGCACAAGAAACAUAUAUUAUGAAGUUUAAGAAAUUCGAAUCUCAACUUGUAAAUUAUAAAACAAUGGUUGAAGAAGCUAUUGAUUUGGAAGCUGCUGAAGAGCAUAAAUAUAAGAUUAGAGAAGAUCAUGAUGAAGGCUUGAAGGGAUUUCAAGAAAGAAAUAAAAAGUAUAUAGAACUUUCCACACAAAGAAAUGGUGUCUAUUUUACAACUACUGAAAUGAAAGAUUUGAAUGAAAAAUAUGAAGAAUUAGAUCUUCAAUAUGCAGAAGAACAAAGUUCUUUGGAAAAGGAGGUUUUACUUGUUGCAGCAACUUAUUGUUCUGUAUUGGAAAAGCUGAAUGAAUUAAUAGCACAUAUUGAUGUUAUCGUUAGUGUGUCAAUUAAUGCCCCUAUGCCAUAUGUUCGGCCAAAAAUGUUAAAUAAAGGUGAAAAAGAAUUUAUCUUAAAAAAUGCAAGGCAUCCAUGUAUUGAAGUCCAAGAUAAUGGUUCAUUCAUUCCAAAUGAUGUAAAUUUAAUUAGAGGAACGCGUGAAUUUCAAAUAGUCACUGGACCAAACAUGGGUGGAAAAUCAACUUAUAUUAGACAAAUUGGUGUUAUUGCUUUGAUGGCACAAGCUGGUUGCUUUGUUCCAUGUAGUGAAGCAAGUAUUUGUAUAUUUGAUUGUAUACUUGCAAGAGUUGGUGCUGGAGAUAGUUAUCUUCAAGGUGUUUCUACAUUUAUGGCGGAAAUGUUGGAAACUACAAGUAUCUUAAGGACUGCAACUGAAAAUUCUUUAAUUAUUAUUGAUGAACUUGGUCGGGGUACCAGUACUUACGAUGGAUUUGGGUUAGCUUGGGCUAUUUCUGAAUAUAUUGCAACAAAUAUACGAUGUUUUUGUAUGUUUGCCACACAUUUUCACGAAUUAACAGUUCUUAGCGAUCAAAUGCCAAAUGUGUGUAAUUUACAUGUAACAGUUCAUACUGGCAGGAAUUCUGACGGUGAAAGUGAAAUAACUUUGUUGUACAAGGUUAUUGAAGGUGUUUGUGAUGAAAGUUUUGGUAUUCAUGUGGCAGAACUAGCCAAUUUUCCUGAAACAGUUCUCAGACUUGCAAGAAAAAAGAUAAAUAUAUUAGAAGAUUCUACAAAAAAUAAAGAUGAAAUGGACAUAGAUCAAACAAACACAUCUAAACAAGAUAUUGAGGUUUUAGAAAAAACCGAAGACCUAUCUGACUACAACUCAAUUUUAAGUUGUACACGGUCAAUCUUUGAACAAUUUAAAGAUAGAAUUGAAAGCAAUUCUUGGUGUAAUUCAUUGAUUUCAGAAUUAGGUGUGGCAUAUUUAAGGUUCUAUAAUACAGAGUUGUCAUCCUCAUCAGCUCAAUAA